CUUGAAUCCAGUUUAUGUCAACAUGCAUUUCUAUGCUAUUAUUCGAUAUUUUUGUAUUUUUCUAGUUAUUUGCGGCUUGUCAUUAAGCGAAGAAGAAUCUUGCGGAACAGGAACCGAUGGGAAGUGUGAAUCUAAACCAAAAGAUGACCAUGAAAAGACGAAAUAUACUAAAAAUGAAAACAAAAAAUGGCAGAAAUAUUUAAAGAAGAUUAAGAAAGCUGUUGAAGAGUAUAAAGAUUGUAAUCAAGAUGAUUGUUCCUGUCAUGAAAGUGUUAUUGAUUCAGACUUAGCCGUAUGGAAAGAAGGUAUAUCUAAAGAACAAUUUGACAAAGCAAAGGGGAAAGGAACACAUUACCAAAUAAUAAAUCAUAAACUGUACAGAGAGGAUGAUUGUAUGUUUCCUGCAAGAUGUAGUGGUGUGGAACAUUUUAUAUUAGAAAUAAUUAAGAAGCUACCAGACAUGGAGAUGUAUAUCAAUGUCAGAGAUUGGCCUCAGUCAGUAAAGUUCCAAAGUCCAAUCCCAGUUUUCUCAUUUAGUAAAGUGGACUCUGAAAACUGGGAUAUCAUGUAUCCAGCAUGGACAUUUUGGGAAGGUGGCCCAGCAGUCUGGCCCAUCUAUCCCACAGGUCUAGGUAGAUGGGAUGAGCAGAGAGUUAUCAUACCAAAAGCAGCAGAAAAAUGGCCAUGGGAUAAAAAGUAUAAUAAAGGAUACUUUAGAGGAUCAAGAACAAAUGCAGAGAGAGAUCCUUUGAUACUGCUGUCUCGUAAGGAACCAGAUCUAGUCAAUGCUAAAUAUACAAAGAACCAGUCAUGGAGGAGCAAAGCUGAUACAUUAGGAGAAGAUCCAGCAGAAGAAAUUCCAUUAGAAGAUCAUUGUGAUCAUAAGUAUUUGUUCAACUUUCGUGGAGUUGCAGCUAGUUUCCGACUUAAACAUUUAUUUCUGUGCAAUAGUGUGGUAUUUCAUGUAGGAGAGGAAUGGUUAGAGUUUUUCUAUCCUGCCAUGAAACCUUGGGUUCACUACAUUCCAGUAAAGAAAGAUUUGAAUGACGUAAGAGAAUUAUUAGUUUUUGCCAAAGAAAAUGAUGAUGCUGUUAAAGGUAUAGCUGAAAGAGGAAGACAGUUUAUAAUGGACCAUUUAAGGAUGGAAGAUGUUUCAUGCUACUGGGAAAAAUUGCUUAAAAAUUAUGCAAAACUUUUAAAAUUUAAACCUAAAAGAAUUCAAAAAUACAAACAAUUCAAAUGAAUAGCAAUCAAACCAACGACUUUUCAAUGUUCAUUUCAAUUCAUAUUAAACAUUGUAGUUCAAUUUACAUAACUACGUAAUCUAUUGAAGUGUAGACUACAUGUGUACCUAGCUUCAAUUGACCAAUUUAAUUACGUGCCAUAUUUUUAUUGUCUAAUGGAAUUACUUAUAAAGUGUAUGUUUUAUGCCACAUUCUUGAAUGUUUAAUUGUUGUAUUGGUUUACUGGUUUUUGUCUUUUAUCUGUCAGGGUUAUUUAAUUUUAUAUUUAAGUUUUGGGACCAAACCAUGUAUCACAACCUUACUAAAAUCAUUUAAUGUGAAUGUCACAAAUACAUAUACUUAGACCUCUAUAACUUUUUUUUUGCUUUGUAUUGAAACCCCUUUCUAAGAAAAUGGCAUUUCUAAAGUAUUUUGGUCUUAUCUUAUACACUACUAAAAAAAAAGUUUAGCAACACAAUUUUUGACUGAAAAUAAACUAUUUGAAACUUUUUGAAAGUAAAACAAUAUAUCAAUUUAUCUUUCAAUUAUUUUUUUUCUUAAUCUUCAAUCCUUUGUGUAUUCAAAGUACUACAGUUAUGUUUGUCAAAUUUAAACAGCUACACUGUGCGCAAACUUUGAAAUUCACAAUUUUACAAUUUUUUGCACAUGGUCUCGUUAAAAAAUGCCUACAACACACAAAAAUGAUAAAGUGACGAAUCUGAUAGCAUAAUUAAUUACAUUUGAAUAGAAACUAACAUGUCCAUUGAAAAAAUGAAGAAAAAUAAUUUGGAGGGGCACUUUUUUACUACCCAAAGAUUUUAGUUUUCUUCUUUAAUCAAUUCAACAUCCUUUAAAACAGGAAUGCUGUUAACUUCAGAUAAUUUUGAGCAUUUUCUAAGAAGAUAUGAGCCCUCAAAUUUCGACCCCCAUUAAUCUCAAUUAAAGUGUUGCAAAACUUACUUUGAGUAGUAUAAACAUGUAUAUUACUGUAAUUGUAUGAUUUUUUUUCUAUUAUUUUCUACUUUUUUUUAGAUGUAAUUUAUUAUUUUUUUCCAAAUAUAAAGAUAAAAUUAGACAUGAUUUAACUGUAGACUAUACACAUGUACUCAUGGUGGAUAGAAAUAUUUAUUAGGUCAUUUAACAUUUGUUAACUAACAUCAGUUAUUAGAAAUGACACUUGUUCCUGAAGGUCAUUUAAGAAAAGAAUUGUGCAACAUUCUAAAUUAGUAAGAAUGGGUCUAAAAUCUAGUCUUCCAACAGUACAAACCUCACAUUUAAGAGUUAUUGUGAGGCUUGCAUGGCAUGCAUUGAGCUAAGUGGUGGCCCUUGAAUAAAUGCCCUAGUGUUGUUUUGUUUGACCUAAGAUUGUUAUUGUCCCCCACUAAUGCGUUGCGGGGGGUCAUAGAAAUACCGGGCGUCCGUCUGUUUGAUCUUGUUAGCGCUCUCAUAUGUACAAUUUGUGGCAGACUUUUAUAAAACUUAUAUCAUAGGUUUAUAUCAGCAAUGUCUUAGACGAGUUCCAAAAUUAGUGGCAAUCAAUUAUUUUUUAAAGAGUUAUGCCCCUUUGAAACCUUGAUUAUAUGGAAAAUUGCAUCGUUAGUGCUCUCAUUUGUACAAUUCUUGCCAGAUUUUUAUAAAACUUAUAACAUAGGUUUAUAUAAGCAAGGUCUUGGACGAGUUUGAAAAUCAGUGCUGAUCAAUUAUUUUUAAAAGAGUUAUGCCCCUUGGAAACAAUAAUAUGGAAAAUUACAUUGUUAGAACUCUCAUGUGUACAAUUCUUGCCAGAUUUUUAUGAAACUUAUAUCAUAGGUUUAUAUCAGCAAAGUCUUGGACGAGUUAGAAAAAUCAGUGCCAAUCAAUUAUUUUUAAAAGAGUUAUGCCCCUUGGAAACAUUCAUUAUAUGAUAAAUUGAAUCGUUAGCGCUCUCAGUUGUACAAUUCUUGCCAGAUUUUUAUGAAACUUAUAUUGUAGGUUUAUAUCAGCAAUAUCUCGGACAAAUUCGAAAAUCAGUGCCAAUCAAUUAUUUUAAAAAGAGUUAUGCCCCUUGGAAACAUUAUUUGUAUGGACAGUUGCUUUGUUAGCGCUCUCAUGUGUACAAUUCUUGCCAGAUUUUUAUGAAAUUUAUAUUAUAGAUUCAUAUCAUCAAUGUCUUGGAGGAGUUCGAAAAUCUUUGCUGAUUAAUUAUUUUUAAAAGAGUUAUGCCCCUUGGAGAUAUUAAUUAUAUAGAAAAUUGCAUCAUUAGCGCUCUCAUGUGUACAAUUCUUGCCAGAAUUUUAUGAAAUUUAUAUCAUAGGUUUAUAUCAGCAAUGUCAACAAGAAAAUAAUGUCAAGAACUAGGAGUUAAAAAUAUAUACAUAUUAUACAAGGCUUUAGGAAAACAACAACAUAACCACAUUUAAAUUGCAAAAACAUACAUGUGUAUGUUAUUCAUGUUUUUUUUUGUGUUGACAUUUAUAUACAUGUAUUUUUAAUAGUCUUGUGUACUUUUUUCAAAAUUCUUGAUGUUUUUAAAUUUCUAUCAUUAAAUGAAAAACAGCUGUAAUACCUAUCCCCUUUUCCACAGGAGGGAGGUAAACUGAAUUACCCAUCUGGCAGAAAAAUAUUUAUUGACAUUUAUUUACAUAUAUUUUAAUAGUCUUGUGUACUUUUCUCUGUAAUACCUAUCCCUUUUUCCACAGGAGGGAGGUAAACUGAAUUACCCAUCUGGCAGAAAAAUAUUUAUUGACAUUUAUAUACAUUAAUAUACAUGUAUUUUUAAUAGUCUUGUGUACUUUUCUCAAAAUUCUUGAUGUUUUUAAAUUUCUAUCAGUAAAUGAAAAACAGCUGUAAUACCUAUCCCCUUUUCCACAGGAGGGAGGUAAACUGAAUUACCCAUCUGGCAGAAAAAUAUUUCUAUCACAUUUUACUUGGCAACUUCAAGUCAAAGCUUGCUAUAUGGCACCAAGCUUCAUCUGUUUAUGCCAAACCCUGGGACAGGUUUCAGCUCAUUCAAUGUUUUACUUCACCCUUGCUGGAAACAUCUAAAGCAGGGGUUGGAUUAUUGAGAAUAGAUCUUAAUACCUCUUGUUGAUCUUGCAUGAACACUUAUUUUUGUCAAAUAAUUUGUUAUACUCAACUGAUGUUUUGUUAUCUAUUCUAUAUGACAAAUGAAAUUCGUUCAGGAUUUUUUUUUUAAAAGAUUUAAAAAAAAAAGGGAUUUCUGAGAACAUUUGAUGUUAAACCCACAAUUUAAAUAUUUUUGUAUAGACACUUAGUUUUUGGUAAAGUUUAUUAACAAAGUACCCUGUGUGUAUGAACAUUUAUUACAUUGAUUGCAGUGAAUUACGGUGAUUUCCCAGUGAAACAAAAACCGAUAAUUUCACAUGUGAAAUAAACUCGAUAAUUUCACUCCUCUUACGUCAUACAACAAAAGGUGUUCUCAAGACAUUGUUGACGAAGUUGCAUCAAAACAAAUUGUGAAUGCGUAGAAAAAGAUAUAGUUCCUUGCAUUUUCUACUUUAUUUCCAUUAAAAAGCCCAUUGUCAAUGUAAUAAAAAGAAUAACUAAUCAAAGAAUUCAAAUAUCAAAAAAUAUUCAACUCGUGACUAUAUAAACAACACUGAUAAUUAACUCAUGCGCUAUGCACAUUCAUGAAUUAAUGAGUUGUUCAGUCACUCAUUGAAUAUUUUUCUAUAUUUGAAUUCUUCGUUUAGUUAUUCUAUAAUUAAAAAGGGUUGUUUGUUUGAUGCUUUAUUUAGAUUUAUAUAUAGUAGAUUUAUAUAUAAACUAUAAUUUAGACAUUUUAUAUUGAAUUCUGUAGGAUUUUUAAUAAAAAAAAAAGUCUCCUUAAAAUGAAUUAUGUCACUUUUAGAAAAAUAUUAGAUUUUAAAAGAGGUGUUUUGUUAUGAAAAUCUGACUGUACAAUGGAGAUCUUAUAGAAACUGCCAAAAUUUGAACAGCAUUAAUAGUUUUCAUUUUCUGUAUUACCUAAUACAUUGUGCAUUUUUUAUCUUGUGCAUUACCACAUUUGAAUUCUUAUAGCUUUUAUAAAUCAAAACUGAUUUACUUUCAGUAUAUGGAAAUAUAAUAAAAUUAGAUAUGAUCAUUCCAUUUAAAGACUGUGAUUUGAAUACAAUUAUUGAAAUCCAUAUGACAUAGUAUUUGAUGUUAGAGAAUUCUAAUAUUAUACUUUUGUAUCUUAAAUCUGCUCCACUGCCUUAACAUUCAUAGUACAUUUAUGUUUUAUAGUGAAUUUGUUGGGAAUAAAUUAUUAUAUUUUUUA